AUGAAGAACCCAGUGUUUCAUGGACGUAGCAAAUACAUCGACACUCUGUUCCAUUUUAUCCAUGAAUACGUCGAGAAUCGACAGAACAAUGUAGAGUUCGUAAGCACUAGAGAACAACGUGCAAACAUUCUCACUAAGGCACUAGCAAGAGUCAAAUUUGCAGAGAUGCGAGAGCUGCUCAACUCGAAGAAUCUCGAAACAAAUCAAGAUUAUGGGGGAGAUUAUAAAGUAUACGACAUCCAAAUCACAAGAUGUGAUUUGUAUGGACAGGAAAAGAACAAUCGACAGAGAGUGAUGUUGAUUUAUGAUGGACUGCACUAUGAUGCUUUGGCUAUGUCACCCGCUGAAGGAGCACUAGAGGAGUUUGAUCAGACAAUAUUUCUAGUUUAUAAGGAUAGAACAAUUGGAGCAGUUGAAAAGCUGGCUCUGAAUUUUGUCAAAGAACAACAAAGGAAAAGAAGUUUCACCAACACAGCCAACUUCACUUUGCGAUGCGGGGUUUGCCAGAUUGGAGUCAUUUGCCACAAGGAGGCUGUGGACCAUGCACAUGCAACAGGACAUGCGAAUUUUCAAGAAUACAAGUGAUGAUGAUAUGUUAAACAAGAAAGAAAAAAACUUACAGUUUAAUUUAUAUGAGACCAAUUAAGA